AUGAAGCAGCUUUCAAAGAGCAUGGACGACCAUGAAUUGGAACCUUUUGACCGACAACAAAAGAAGCUGAGCGGUACAACGCUCAUGCUAUCCGAUAAGGCUCAUAGAUAUGUCUACAAAAUCAUACCAGAGUAUACAACAUCGGAAGCGGCUUUCUAUUGCGUUGUCAAUAAUAAAGAACUUACGGUCAACUCAAGGAGUUAUACUUGCCUGAGGGAAACUGCUAAACAACCAGAUGAACUCGCACGCCACAAGGUUCUACCGCAAUUUGAAGGACUAGUAAAAAUCGUCCAACAAAAACAUGUCGCAGCCCAAAAUGAGGGUGCAGAAGGACGUAGCAAUAAUAUAAGAUACUAUGAAGUUAUGGAAAACCUGGAUACCUCCAAAAACGUUUUUAAUGCUAUCAAACUGGAAAAUCUACUACACGGAUACCAAAAUCCAGCUGUUAUAGACAUUAAACUUGGGAUGCACAAUACUCUGGAUAAUGUACAACAAACUGGACUGAGCUCCGCGAAACGCAUUGCAUGUGUCAAGAAAUGGCAAAAACUUAAAAUGACACACCAAUCUAGGUCAAUCGGAACCAAAAGACUUUAUAAUAUCACAGCGACAGACUUAGGCCUUGGAGAGCCUUUUACUAGCAUGGCACCUAGGGAACUUCAUUCGCUCCUCAAAUCGUGGCGACAAAAAAUGGUCGCCAAACAAACUACAGAGGACGAAUUAGGAUUUAGAAUAUGCUCAAUAUGCAUAGACUCUCAGGACGUACCGCUAGAGGUAUCGGCAGUACAGGCAAAGCUCCUCAAAAGGGACGAUACACUCGACGUUCUACACAAGGCGCUGGCAACUGUACCGGCCGUCCGUCGCUGUCUGAUUGACACGCUCGUGAAGGUGCGUGACUGGGUGAAGCUACAGGAUUUUCUCUCGUUCUCUGCGACGUCUAUCCUGAUAACAUACGAUCAGGCAGACCCAUCUAAGUGUAAAGUGAAGUGGGUAGACUUCACACACGUAGAAAGUAUCAAGCAUUCGCCGUACCCGGUGCUGCCCGGACCGUCGAGCAUGCUCAAGGGAAUUGAUACACUCAUCGGCAUAUGCGAAAGUGCAGAGAAUAACAUGUAA